AUGCUGACGGUCAACCCGAGGACGAACGCCAUCGGCCUCAAGAGGCAGAUCGCGGGCCUGGAAGGCACGCCCGUGGGCAACCAGGCGCUGCUCCUGGAAGGCCGGCUCCUGGAGGACGAGGCCCGGCUGGCGGACCUCGACCUGCAGGGCAACACCGCCACGGUCGUCCUCCUCGUGCGCGACCCGUUGCUGUCCGGGAGGCUGACGGAGAUCGACCUCCACGCGCUCCUGGAGUCCGCGGCGAACUUGGAUCAGGCGAUCGAUGCGUACAUGGACGACCCGGGGUACCCAUGUGAGAAGGCGCAGGGCAUCGCGGCCGCGGUCUCCGCGGCGCUGUUGCCCGCGGGGCUCGCGGCGCUCGGCGCGGGCGCGGGCGCGGGCGCGGGCCAGGUGCCCCAGAGCUUCCUCGACGAGCUGUCCGCCACCAGCACAGGGCGCCCGGCCGCCCGGCGGGAGGCCUUCGCGCGCGCGGUGCGGGCGGCCCUCGAGUCCGUGCGAGACGCCCUCGCGGAG